CUAAUGUAAAAAAAUAACAUUAGACCAUGGAAGUUCUUCAAUGUGAUGGUUGUGACUUCAGAGCUCAAUCCUAUGAAGAUCUAAAGGCUCACAUACAAGAUGUUCAUACAGCAUUUUUGCAGCCCACAGAUGUUACUGAGGAAGGCUCUAGUCAGGCUAGAUCUGUGGGAACGAAUUCCACCAACCAGUCUGAAGCUGUAUUUCCUUCUAUGAAAGAUGAAUUUGUGCCUACAGAAGAAAAUCAUGAUCAGACUACUCCUCAAGCAACUACUGGAUCAUACUACAGUCAGGGCCCUGGAUUUUAUGGUCUAUCUUCUGCCAGCAGUUCUAAGCCAACCAAUAAGUUUUUCCAGUGCAAAUUCUGUAUUCGCUAUUUUCGAUCUAAAUACCUUCUUGUGGAGCAUACUAAAAAAGUCCAUGGAUCUGGAGGAGGGAACCCUGGAAGCCCUGGAAAUGUAAAUUAUAAUAUUAUGCUACAUGACGGUUUUGGCAAAGUCUUCUCUUGUCAGUUUUGCACAUACAAGUCACCAAGAAGAGCAAGAAUAAUUAAGCAUCAAAAAAUGUACCACAAGAAUAGCCUGAAAGAAAUGUCAGCAACUUCAGUUUCCCAAACUCCCCCUGUAUCAAUGCCAGUGCAAGAAACAUGUAAAGAACUACCAGCUGAAGUAGUGGAACGCAGUAUUCUAGAAUCUAUGGUAAAACCUCUGACAAAGUCUAGAGGCAACUUCUGUUGUGAGUGGUGCAGCUACCAGACACCACGACGGGAGCGUUGGUGUGAUCACAUGAUGAAGAAACACAGGGGAAUGGUCAAAAUACUAUCAAGUUUAAGGCAGGAUGGCUUAAAUAUAUCAGAUCUACAAAAUAGAAAUUCUCAAAUGCCCAGUCCUGGAUCCAGUUAUAUGCCUCUAAACAUGGCAACACAUGAUACAACUAAUGCCAGUAUGUCUGCUUAUAGAAAUCCUAUGAGUAAUCUUCCAGGUAGUAAUCCAUCCAAAUAUCAGUCAAUGCCAUACGUUCCAGUGAAACCAAAACUCUCCACAAAUUCUGGCCUUUUGAAUAUGUCAGAGAGGUCUUCCUAUGGCAUGUCAGAAAGAUCUAGUUCCAUAAUGGAUAUGGAUGAGAACAUUUUUUUAAAUGAUUCCAGUUCAGAUGAUGACUAUAUUGACAUAGAUGGAGAAAAUGGUUUAGGUUCCAUGGAACUUGGAAUGUCUGGAGAACCACUGUUGGGAUCUGAGAACAACAAACUGCUGGAGACAAAGGGAAUUCCCUUUAGAAGGUUUAUGAACAGAUUUCAAUGUCCAUUUUGCCCAUUUCUCACAAUGCAUCGACGAAGUAUCUCUCGUCAUAUUGAAAAUAUCCACUUGUCUGGAAAAACCCCUGUUUACAAGUGUGAUGAAUGUCCCUUUUCCUGCAAAAGUCCCCUAAAACUUGGUGUACACAAACAGUGCCAUGGUGGUACAUCAUCAGAGUGGGAUCCCAUGAAUUCACUUAAUGAAAGCAUGUCUUCAUCAUUAAAUGAAACCUAUGAGAGUAACAAUAUAAAUGGCAAAAAACCUGGAAGCAUAGCAGACUCUUCUCAGCAGAAUCCACACAAGUGUACUAUGUGCAAUUAUUCUACAACAACUUUAAAAGGUCUGCGUGUUCACCAACAACACAAACAUUCAUUCUGUGACAACUUGCCGAACAGUAGUGGUAAUCUGGUGCAUCAAAUUCAAGGUGACGAAACAGAUUUGAAUGACUCUGGCACAGUAAAGAAGAGUCAAACAUCUAUUUUAGGAUUAUCUUCCAAAAAUAAUUUUGUAGCCAAAACAUCUCGGAAAAGUUCAAGCGAGUUUCCAUUGGAUUUGUCACCUGUGAAGAAAAGAACUAGAAUUGAUGAAAUUGCGAGCAAUCUACAGAGCAAGAUCAACCAAAGCAAACAUAAGGAGGAUGCAAUCAUUAAUGUGGAAGACGAUGAAGAUGAUGAGGAGAAUGAAGUGGAAAUAGAGGUAGAAUUAGACAAAGAGGAGGAUCCAUCAGAACAGAUGGAGUCGGGAGAUCUGUAUCCCAUGCAACAAAUGUGGAAUAGAGAUAUUGGUAUGUCACAAAAGAACACAAACUUCAGAAACAUCCAGAAUAAUUAUUCUGGAGGCAAUAGUGCAGAAAUCGAGUUGACUUUAUCAGAUGAUGAUGAAGAUUACUAUUACCAGUCUGCUAGUAUUAAAGACCAAGAAAAUUCUAUUGUUUUGAACCAGUCUAAUUUCUAUGAGGGUGAUCAAUUGGGUGAAAAUGCUGAGUUCAAUGACGAUUCUGGAAGGUUAUAUUAUUGUAAACACUGUGAUUUUAGCAACAAAUCUGCCCGAAGUGUUAGCACUCAUUAUCAACGCAUGCAUCCCUACAUAAAGUUCAGUUUUAGGUACAUACUGGACCCUAAUGAUCACAGUGCUGUAUACAGGUGUCUUGAAUGCUAUAUUGACUAUAACAAUUUUGAAGACUUGCAGCAACACUAUACAGAGCACCAUCCUGAAGCAAUGAACGUUCUCAAUUUUGACCAGUCAGACCUGAUUUAUAAAUGCCGCUUUUGUUCAUACACAAGCCCUAAUGUUCGGAGCUUGAUGCCACACUACCAAAGAAUGCACCCAACUGUAAAAAUUAAUAACGCUAUGAUAUUUUCAAGUUAUGUAGUGGACCGUCCAGAAGAUCUCAAUUCUGAGUCGCAAACAUUAAGAGAAAUCUUGAAUUCUGCUCCCAAAAACAUGUUGACAUCAAGUCCAUCAAGUCAUGGAAAUAGCUCUACAGCAUCCUUUGCUAAAACUACCCAAAAGUCAUUUGCUACAGAGAAUGACAACCAGAAGAGUUCAGUUAACAAUGUUGUAGUUUAUGAUUGUGACAUUUGUGGAUUUGCAAGUCCAAACAUGCACUCUGUUUUAGUUCACUGUCAGAAGAAGCAUCCUGAUGAGAAGGCAUCUUACUUCAGGAUUCAAAAAACAAUGCGUGUCGUUCCUGUGGAUAGUGGAACAGCCAUUUCUCAGCUGGCAUUUGAUGGAGGCGCUUCUGUUACUCCCAGUAUUACCAAUGUGGCUUCAUCCCCAGAAGUAAAUAUUGAAUUGUACUACUGCAAGCAUUGUUCAUAUAGUAAUCGCUCUGUUGUUGGAGUAUUGGUGCAUUAUCAAAAGAGGCAUCCUGAAAUUAAAGUUACUGCAAAGUAUAUUCGACAAGUACCUCCAACGUCUGAGUCACUGAGAAAUACAGAAGGCCAACAAAUCACAAUAGGAAAGCAGCCACCUGUUCCAGUACAGAAUGCAAAAAAAACUAGUGGUCAGUCCAAAAACAAUGAGAUGUUUUUCUGUCAGCAUUGUGACUAUGGAAAUCAAACAGUCAAAGGCGUUCUUAUACAUUAUCAAAAGAAGCACAAAGACUACAAAGUAAAUGCAGAUACCGUAAGGCAACAUACAGCUGCAAUAAGGAGUCUCUGUGAACAAGGCCACAAGAAGGCUACUUGUACACAAAGUCCACCUUCCAUGAUGGAGCCAGAAAAGACAAAACUUAGAAGUCUCAAAUGCAGGCAGUGCUCAUUUUCAACGCCUUAUGUUUAUGCCCUGAGAAAGCAUAUGAAGAAAGAUCAUCCUUAUCUUAAGGCUACAGUGACCUCAAUUUUGAAAUGGGCUUUCUUAGAUGGUUAUAUUGAAGCAGGUUAUCACUGUGAAUGGUGUAUUUAUUCUCAUCCAGAGCCAAGUGGUCUUCUUGAACAUUACCAAAGAAGGCAUCCCGAGCAUUAUGUGGAUUAUACCUACAUGGCAACAAAGUUGUGUGCAGAACCUGAUCCUACACCUGCACAAGUAACACCUGAAACCAAAUCCUACCAGUGCAGAGACUGUAACUUUGAAGCUCCUUCCAUAUGGGAUAUCACGAAUCACUAUCAGUCUUUCCAUCCCUGGGCCCUGAAAGGAGAUGAAUCUGUACUCCUUGACAUUAUAAAGGAGAAAGGAACUGUAGAAAAUUCAGAAGAAAUAACAUCACAGAUACUGUUUACCCAUAAAGGUUCCAUAAAUGUAGAACCACUUUUGGAGAGUGUAGAUGAUUCCAGUAUACUACAAGAAAAAUCUGCACAGUUGUCCUCUUCCCAGUCUUCCUCACCUUAUCAGUGCACAGUCUGCCAUUCUGAAUACAACAAUUUACAUGGCCUUCUAACUCACUAUGGUAAGAAGCAUCCUGGCAUGAAGGUUAAAGCUGCUGAUUUUGCUCAGGAUGUAGACAUUAACCCAGGUGCUGUGUAUAAAUGUAGACAUUGCCCAUACAUUAACACACGUAUUCAUGGUGUUCUUACCCACUACCAAAAACGUCAUCCUUUGAUAAAGGUCACAGCUGAAGAUUUUGUGCAUGAUGUGGAACCGCCUAAAGAAUCUGCGCAAAAUGAAAGUGAAGAAAACAAUAAAAUAUUUAAACAAGGAUAUGGUGCCUACAGAUGUAAAUUAUGUCCCUACACCCAUGGCACACUGGAAAAGCUGAAAAUUCAUUAUGAAAAAUAUCAUCAUCAAGCAGAACCUAAUAUGCUCUCUAAGGCAUUUGAGAAAGAAGCUUCUAGUGCCAACACAGAUAUUCAGUCUGAUCACAAACCACCUCACACAGUUGUUACUCUGGAACCUGGGGAAGUUACUGGACUUACCGGCUUCAGACCACGAAAAAACAUUAAUCCACAUACUGUCUUCAGAUGUCAGUUGUGCAAAUAUUUCUGCUCUACCAGAAAAGGGAUUGCAAGGCACUAUCGUAUUAAACAUAAUAAUGUCCGAGCUCAACCAGAAGGAAAAAACAAUUUGUUCAAUUGCGCACUUUGUUCUUAUACUAAUCCAAUUCGAAAAGGUCUUGCUGCACAUUACCAGAAACGACAUGACAUAGAUGCAUACUAUACUCAUUGCCUAGCAGCAUCUAGAACUGUUACUGAUAAACCAAACAAAGUUGUAAUUCCUACCCCUCAUAAAGAAGAUUCUUCUGACAUGAGUGACGAUUUGAAACAGGCCAUUGAAAUGAAAAAAUGUUCUCUUUGUGAAUUUCAGUCUUAUAGCAAAAAAGGGAUUGUGUCACAUUAUAUAAAAAGACACCCUGGAGUUUUUCCCAAAAAACAACAUGCUAGUAAGCUUGAGGGCUAUUUUACGCUUGUGUAUGGUGAAGAAAAUGAGAGCCAGAGCUCUUUGGAGGACAAACCUGAAAUAGAUGCACCUUCAGAGGACUCCGAAACCCAAGAGCCAGAACUGCUUCCAUUUAGGUGUAUCAAAUGUUUUAAGUUGUCAUUUAGCACCGCUGACCUUCUGUGCAUGCACUACACAGACCAUCACUGCAAAGACAUAAAGAGGGACUUCUCCGUCUUGGGUACCACAGGUACCCGUUCCUAUACUACCAUGUAUCAGUGCAAACACUGUAAUACCAAAUUAUGCAACAUUGCUGAGCUAACCGUUCAUUUGAAUGCACACAUUGAAGAUUUUCAAAAACGUGCCAAACGCCAAGAGCGGAGAAAGCAGCUAUUACAAAAGCAAAAAACUGCCGAAAGUUUAGUUCCAGAGGGAAAACCAGAAAAGACAGGAAGUGAUCAAGAGACAGUGAAAAAGGGAUUAAAGGAAAAGGUAGUUGUGGGCUACAAAUGUAAAUUCUGCGUGGAAGUCCAUCCCACUCUUCGAGCCAUCUGUAAUCAUCUUCGCAAACACAUCCAGUAUGGAAAUGCUCCCCUACUUCCACCUGAAUUAAAGGAUGAUGCAGAUGUGAGUAAUACAGAAGUUGAAAAAGAGCCUGAAGAACCAAAACAAGUGGCAGAAGAAGAAGCUUCCAUAGGAGUAAUAAAUGAACCCAAACUACCAAAGCGAUGUAGAAUUGGUGGCUACCCCUGUAAACAGUGUGACCGUGUUCUAAUGUCCAUGCAAGGCUUGCGUUCCCAUGAGAGGAGUCACUUGGCACUAGCAAUGUUUACUCGAGAAGACAAAUACAGCUGCCAGUUCUGCUCCUUUGUCUCUGCCUUCAGGCACAAUCUGGAUCGACACCUCCAGGAACACCAUGGACAUCACAAACCAUUUAGGUGCAAACACUGCCCAUUCAAAUCUUCUUCAAAUAGCCGUCUGAAAACACAUAUUGCAAAAGCACACGGAGGUGAACAUGCCUACAAAUGCUCAUUUUGCUCUGUAUCAAAAAUGACAAUCAGUCAGUUAAAAGAUCACUGUUUAAAGGUCCAUGGAAAAACUCUUACGCUACCAAAAUUUCGAACUAUGGUUCCAAUGAGCCCACGUGCCAAACAAAGAUCACGGUUUGGGAAGGAAGGUCUAGAGGAACCUAUAUAUUCUGAGCCACCAGAUGUCCAGCAGCAGCUCAAUCAUUAUCAGUCAGCUGCUUUAGCCAAAAAUAACAGCAAUAAUAGUCCUGUGCCUCUACCUGUGGUUACAAUGGCACCAGAACAUAAAGAAGAUGCUAUCCUGAAGUGUGAAUUUUGUGACUUUUCCUCUGGGUACAUUCAAAGCAUUCGCCGUCACUACAGGGACAAACAUGGAGGAAAGAAGCUGUUUAAGUGCAAAGACUGCUUCUUUUAUACAUGCUUCAAAUCUGCUUUUACAAUGCAUGUUGAAGCAGGCCAUUCAGCUGUUCCUCAGGAAGGGCCCAAAGACCUUAGAUGUCCUCUCUGCCUGUAUCAUACCAAAUAUAAACACAAUAUGAUAGAUCAUAUUGUCCUGCAUAGAGAAGAGAGAGUGGUCCCCAUCGAAGUUUGUCGCUCCAAAUUAUCAAAACAACUGCAGGGAGUUGUGUUUCGCUGUGACAAAUGUACUUUUACCUGCUCCAGUGAUGAGAACCUUCAGCAGCACAUUGAGAAGCACAAUGAACUCAGGCCCUACAAAUGCCAGCUAUGUUAUUAUGAAACUAAGCAAAAUGAGGAACUAGAUAGUCAUCUUAGGGAGGAACAUAAGGUUUGCCGCAAUUUUGAGCUUGUUGGGCUAGUUAAUUUGGAUCAAUUGGAACAAAUGAAAGAUAAACCUGAAGCGUCAAGCAGUGAUGAAGAAGAGACUGUUAAGAUUGAAGUUACCAUGCCAGUUCCUGAUGUCACGGUUGCUUCUGAAGAAAAGCGUUUCCCUUGUGAAUUCUGUGGAAGAACCUUUGCACUUAGAACUGAAUGGGAAAAGCAUGUUUUAAGGCAUGGCAUGACUGUUGUUGGAAAUACAAAGGAUAAUGAAGAAAACAGAAAGCCAAGAGAUCACGUCGGGGACACUUAUGAUGAAGCGAAGCAAGCAGAGGAAAUAGUUGACACUUCCCAGCAAACAAAUAUAUCACAUAACACAUAUCUGAAGGACCUUGUGGUGACCAAAAUGGAGUAAUUGUUUCAGAAGACGGAACACAAAGUUGCUUGAACACUGACACAGUUGA